CCUGCCAGCAAAAACAUCACCGUCAUGGAGGAAACAGUUGAGUGUUUUAUUUUGGUAAUUGCAUCAUUUACAUUAUUAAAGGCAUGAGGUUUCCAAGGAACAGAUACAUGUGGCUCGGAUAGUACACAAGUAUAAAUUACAGGCAGGUCAUAAAUGUCCCAUUGUGUUGGAUUUAAGUUGAGGGUAGAGAAUUUAUGACUGACCUCUUUGGACAGAUCGUCUCUUGCCUGCUUUCCCUCACACACAGACACACAGACACACACACACUCAUGCAGGUACAUACACAAUUGAAAUCCAGUAUAUUAAACCAAGAACAUUUUUCCUUUUUAAAACUUUGUGAACCCGAAUCCCAAAUCUUUAACUUUUCUUCUCAAAUAGCAUUAGUCUAUUUUAAGAUACAUUUGGAAAUCAGCUUUAUCUUCUGGCUAAACUUAAAAACCUGCAAAAGUCACGAGUAAAAAUCAAGAAGAUGGAAAAGUUGUUCUAUAAAUAAUUCACAAACACAUCAAUCUAAUCCAGUAUGUGCAGCAAACUCCCCCAUCAUAUAAAGAUACAUUCAGACUGUUCAUCAAUGUGUCAUUUUGUCAAUAAUUUCAAAGGCCUACAUCAUACAUGCAGCAUUGGAAGCUUCCUGCUUCAAUAAAAGACCAGAUUCCUGAGUAAUAUGUGUGUUUCUAGGGGCACAAAGGAGAGUGCAUGAAGGAGCCUGUUGAGGAGCGGAUGUGAGGGAGGACAGUAAAAAGCACAGGGACCAAGGAGAGGGCUUGAUAUAAAGGCUGGACCGGGACAGGGUGCAGUCAGACUGGUGGAGUUCAGCUCAUCUCAAAGCUCUAUUUCUCUCAACUGAACCGACCAGAGCGGACACAUUACGACAGAGCAGAAUGAGCAUGCGCGGGGCAGUAACUGGUUGCGUUGUGCUGGCUUGCCUGGUGACACUGUUGGCGGUGAGGACAGAGGGACACAUCACCUUCUUCAGUCCAAAGGAGAUGAUGCUGAUGAAGGAGCGAGAAGGUAGAAAGGACAUGGAGCCUCGAUCGGAGGACGGUCAGCUUGAAGAGGUUACAGUCCAACAGCUUCCUCCAGUGGAGCAUGGAGGAAAUCCUGAUAAAACAGUCGAGAUUGCCGUCUUUCUUUCACCCAAACAGCUGGGUCACGUGGCUCCUGUGCUCGAAGAGAUCAUCCAAGAAGUAGCAGAGGAACAUCAGAAAGGUUACAGCAUGACAUUGUAUCAGCUUUUAUUAUCAAAAAAAGUGAAGCAGUCACAUAGUAAGAAGUGAUACAAGUGAUAGUGCUUUGAUUAAAAACCCUCUUUGGUAAAAACACUGUUCUCUCACUAUCUCUUUCUCUGCAGCCAAAUAGCGAGGUCAAAGACUGGAGGGGAUGAAUGCUGUACAGAUUCUUCAAAAAGCACUGAAUACCUAAAUGUUUUGUUGUGUUUUACUGAAUUAUUCAAUAAAGGGAAAUUGUUGUGUCACUUUA